UUUCGUACAGCACACUAGUUGAAACAUGGCGGGGAUAAGCUCCAGAGCAAGGAACGGAAUUCUUCUUGUCGCUGUUUCAGUUGUAGUUACUGUUGCUCUUAUUUUGGCAAUAACACUCUCCAACCGAUCAAAAACAGAGACAGCGAGAGCCAAGCGUGAGGGUGAGUGUAAAGAAUGUAAGCCUUCGAGGCUAAAUGACCCGCGGGAAAGCUCAGCAUUUUGCUUUUGCGCUUUUGCUGUGCAUGAUAUAGAAUAUUGAAAGAGAGGUACUUGCAGAUGUGGCGUAGCUAAACAUGAUAACCUUCAUAGACUCCUUUAAGUUAUUUAUCGGGUAAUAGAACAUGAAAUUAACUAGAGCUUCGAUUAGCGGAGUAGCAUGGGAAUCAAAUUUUAUUCUCUUUAUUCUACGGUUUGUUUAAAGUCAUAACAUCGUAGUAUGGACCAGCAUACAAUUGUUUACGCCGAAAAGCUUGCAAUUUAAGCGUAUGCUCAUACCACUCCGGACUUAAUUAUUCUUCUCGCUAAUACUUUUAAAUUACUCAUUGCAAACGUAUGUGGACUCCCAACUAGCAAUACAAACAUGCACGACACGCAAUUUGUCUUAAUCAAGUGUUAAACAGUCAUCACGGGACUCUCGCUAUUGAAGUCCGCACGAUAGAGGUGUCUGCUUUAACAAUAUUGAGAUUCCUUGGAGGGUCUUUUCAGCUCGAUACAGGGUGUCCUGACACUUUGGCGGCUUAAAAUAUUUCCCUGUAAUCUGAUUAUUCAUGGUCUGAGAGUCGAAUGGCGAAACCGACUGUUGAUUGCCGCCGACAUGUUGAACUUUCACUUUUCCUUGCGCUUGAAACAUUUUUUCGAUUUUAUUAAAUCUCACAUCUUUUUCUAGCAUUUAAAAGAUUAUGUAGUAAAAAUGUACUCUAAAAUUCGAGACGCAAAAGAGAGUUCAAAAGAAAUUGCAUUUCAAAUCUUAUGUAACUGUUUAUAAUGCACUGACCUAUUAACGACAUCAUUCCAUCAUCACGCGAGGUUCAGUGGCGAGAUGGCAGACAGGCCGGCAUUCUUUAAUAUAUCUCCAGGGAAAACGUUUUUGUCUUUGUUUUUAAAAAACGAACAAACAAACAAAAAAGACAAAACAGCCUAAUUCUGAGUUUCAAUAGUUUGGCUCACUGUUUCAAACAAUAAACUCCCCGCUCAUGUUUUAUUUUAGUAAUUAGGAGUUCAAGAUAUUUGAACGCUUGCGAGCAUUCGUACUUCUAAGCACCAAGUGGCUUUGUCUGUAAUAACUUAUCAUGCAGCAAAUGCAGCAGGUUUUUUUUCCCAUGUUUUCUAAAAAUGUUGCACUUAAAUCGUUUAGCAACACGGUCAGUUCCUGUUCCCGCUAAUCAGAAAGAGAACCAGUGGUUUAAAGAUGGUGUUAAACUCCUCAAAGCCAAUCUGAAACAGAAACCUAUAACCCACACAGCGAAGAAUACGAUAUUCUUUCUCGGAGAUGGAAUGAGUAUCACUACUGUAACAGCGUCAAGGAUUCUCGAGGGCCAAAUGAGGAACCAAACAGGAGAGGAGAAUGUACUGAGCUGGGAAAAUUUUCCUUGGACUGCGCUUUCUAAAACCUACACCGUGGAUGAACAGGUUGCAGACUCGGCAGGAACAGCGACUGCCUUCCUUGGUGGAGUAAAGACCGAUGCUGGUAAGCAAGUCAUUACGUGUCAAGGGGCGCUAAAGCGGUUUUCAAUUGGGUGUUCUGUGGUCAACAGAGAUUUUCCCGUUAGAACAGAGGCAAAUAGUAACGGCUUUCCCAUGAUACGACAAACAGCGGAGCUCACGCCCGCACUUCCGCCCCUUGAUGUGAGCGGAUGUGAAAUGUCUCACUUACUAGCUGUUAAGUCCAAGGCAUAUACAAGUUGUUUCACUUGAUAUGAGACAUCUGCGGACCAGUGUCACAUGACUGUAUCGCGAGCUCAGGUGUACUAAUCAUUGAGGUUACGUGUUUUUUUAAAGUUCUCCGCUGGCCAGUUAGGGUUUUCAAGUUAUUGCUGGCUCAGCAACGUUUACGUUAGAAAGACUUUUCUUAAACGUUUCCACGCUUCGUUUUUCGCCUUGGCUUAAUCUAUAUAUUAUAAUGCAGUUUGAGGCGGAGUGAAGGUGCUAUCCACCUUGGCUUUCGGAUUGCAUAAUUCUUCAAAUUAUGCGAAAGCUAAAUUAAAUAAUAACGGAGCUCUCGCGCGCGCAGUGCGCGCAGCGGAGCACCAUGGGCAAGAAAAUGUGGUAAAUUACCCUUCCGAGAAAAUUUGGUAAUCACGUGACCGUAUACCGACCGACCGCCCGACCGUCAGUCCGCACCACAGGCAUACCAAUGUAGAAUAACUCGAUCAACAGGUAUGGUAAUCCAAAUGCAACUCGCAGUUAUUUUGAAGGGAAAUCGCAUAGCCACCCGCGUCUUGUAAAGCAGAGACAACUAAAGAGUCAACAAAGACGAAAACAGAAAGUAGUGUACUAUGUUGAAACUUAACCGUUUUGGUGCCUUCCCUUGCCUUCCGUAUGCCUUCCCUUAAUUGAUAUGCAUAAGCCUAUGACGUCACCUCGGAAAGAAGUGUCUUCCUGCAUACUAAUUUCGAUUAGGUUUACUAAUGAGCGUCAUUCUACUACAAUAGGAACAAUAGGCUUGCCUAGACUUGCCCGUGAAGUAACUUGAGCUCGGUUUUCGGACAGUCUAUUAAAAGGGAAAUAGGAAUAAGAGAAGCGAUCACCUAGCAACGCGAGAAACGGCUUCCUAUAUCUUAUUUAGCGCUAAAACUCAUAUAUAUAAACAAAACACAUGUGCACAAAGUGGAGUUGAAAAGUCUUUAUUUCCGUUUAGUUUAUGUCUUCUUAUUGAGCUCUAAAACUCGGAUAUAUAUAAACAAAAUACACGAAGUAAAACUCCAUUUCAAUUUUGUCUGACGUUUUCUCCGUUCCAUCUCGAGGAAAUGAAAAACUAUUAAAGUCUUGUAAUUUCACGCACUGUUAGUCAGUUAAUUAUGCGAGUUCACAAGCCCAAAGUUGAAUACAAAUUUGCUCUACAGGAAAGACCCAAGGGAGCACCUUGACGUAUUAUUAUAAAACAAACAACUUAACAAGGAUCAAUUAAAACACGCGACUAAUAAUUGCUAGCAAUAAAAUCUGACACGAGAUACCGUUUAAAACAAAAAGAGUCAAAUACACAGUGAUUUGAAAGAAAUCUAUUAAAACAGUCAAAGAAAGCAAGUCAUGUUUUACUUACCCCUCUCCCUUUUCAAUUUUAUUUCCCUCCUCAAUUUUUUCUUUUUCCCUUCUCCACAAUUUUAUUAUUUUCCCUCCUCAAUGUUUUUAUUCCCUCCUCCACAAUUUUUAUUAUUUUCCCUCCUCAAUGUUUUUUAUUCCCCUCCUCCACCUCCACCUCCACCUCCUCAUUUAUUCUAUAUAUUUUUCCAUCCACAAAUACAUCGACCUCCUAGCGACCCUACAUCGACCCCACAUCGACCCUACAUCGACCCCACAUCGACCCUACAUCGACCCUACAUCGACCCCACAUCGACCCCACAUCGACCCUACACUCAACUUUUUUUUAACACUGCUUCGUAAAUAGUGAAGCUAUAUACCACCACCGCCACAUUUCUCUUGUUUUCCCACCACCACCACUACCGCCACCACAUUUCAAUUGUUUUCCCUCCUCCUCCUCCUCCUCCUUAUUUUUAUUGUUUUUCCUCCUCCUCCUCCUCCUCAUUUUUGUUUUCCCUCCUCCUCCUCAUUUUUAUUGUUUUCCCUCCUCCUCCUCCUCCUCCUCAUUUUUGUUUUGGUACAGUAAGGGUACAGGAGGGGUACAGGAGGGGUACAGUAGGGGUACAAGAGGGGUACAGGAGGGGUACAGAAAGGGUACAGGAAGGGUACAGUAGGGGUACAGGAGGGGUACAGGAAGGGUACAGUAGGGGUACAGGAAGGGUACAGUGGGGGUACAGGAGGGUUACAGGAGGGGUACAGAAAGGGUACGGGAGGGGUACAGGAGGGGUACAGUAGGGGUACAGGAAGGGUACAGGAGGGGUAAGUUCAUAGAGUUCCGUUGUGCUUUGCAGCCGUGCCUCCAUCGAUAGCUAUAAAAGAAGUAGUCAUUGGAAAUUUUGAAGAUGAUGACGACGAUAUUGAAAGCUCACAAGAAAGCGAACAAUCAUCUUCAAAAUUUCCAAUGACUACUUCUUUUAUAGCUAUCGAUGGAGGCACGGCUGCAAAGCACAAUGGAACUCUAUGAACUUACCCCUCCUGUACCCUUCCUGUACCCCUACUGUACCCCUCCCGUACCCCUCCUGUACCCUUCCUGUACCCUUCCUGUACCCCUCCUGUAACCCUCCUGUACCCCUACUGUACCCUUCCUGUACCCCUACUGUACCCUUCCUGUACCCCUCCUGUACCCCUACUGUACCCUUCCUGUACCCCUCCUGUACCCCUACUGUACCCUUCCUGUACCCUUCCUGUACCCCUCCUGUACCCCUCCUGUACCCCUACUGUACCCCUCCUGUACCCCUCCUGUACCCCUACUGUACCAAAACAAAAAUGAGGAGGAGGAGGAGGAGGGAAAACAAUUGAAAUGUGGUGGCGGUGGUGGUGGUGGUGGGAAAACAAUAGAAAUGUGGCGGUGGUGGUAUAUAGCUUCACUAUUUACGAAGCAGUGUUAAAAAAAAGUUGAGUGUAGGGUCGAUGUGGGGUCGAUGUGGGGUCAAUGUAGGGUCGAUGUAGGGUCGAUGUGGGGUCGAUGUAGGGUCGAUGUGGGGUCGAUGUAGGGUCGCUAGGAGGUCGAAGUAUUUGUGGAUGGAAAAAUAUAUAGAAUAAAUGAGGAGGUGGAGGUGGAGGUGGAGGAGGGAUAAAAAAACAUUGAGGAGGGAAAAUAAUAAAAAUUGUGGAGGAGGGAAUAAAAAAACAUUGAGGAGGGAAAAUAAUAAAAUUGUGGAGAAGGGAAAAGAAAAAAUUGAGGAGGGAAAUAAAAUUGAAAAGGGAGAGGGUAAGUAAAACAUGACUUGCUUUCUUUGACUGUUUUAAUAGAUUUCUUUCAAAUCACUGUGUAUUUGAUUCUUUUUGUUUUAAACGGUAUCUCGUGUCAGAUUUUAUUGCUAGCAAUUAUUAGUCGCGUGUUUUAAUUGAUCCUUGUUAAGUUGUUUGUUUUAUAAUAAUACGUCAAGGUGCUCCCUUGGGUCUUUCCUGUAGAGCAAAUUUGUAUUCAACUUUGGGCUUGUGAACUCGCAUAAUUAACUGACUAACAGUGCGUGAAAUUACAAGACUUUAAUAGUUUUUCAUUUCCUCGAGAUGGAACGGAGAAAACGUCAGACAAAAUUGAAAUGGAGUUUUACUUCGUGUAUUUUGUUUAUAUAUAUCCGAGUUUUAGAGCUCAAUAAGAAGACAUAAACUAAACGGAAAUAAAGACUUUUCAACUCCACUUUGUGCACAUGUGUUUUGUUUAUAUAUAUGAGUUUUAGCGCUAAAUAAGAUAUAGGAAGCCGUUUCUCGCGUUGCUAGGUGAUCGCUUCUCUUAUUCCUAUUUCCCUUUUAAUAGACUGUCCGAAAACCGAGCUCAAGUUACUUCACGGGCAAGUCUAGGCAAGCCUAUUGUUCCUAUUGUAGUAGAAUGACGCUCAUUAGUAAACCUAAUCGAAAUUAGUAUGCAGGAAGACACUUCUUUCCGAGGUGACGUCAUAGGCUUAUGCAUAUCAAUUAAGGGAAGGCAUACGGAAGGCAGGGGAAGGCACCAAAACGGUUAAGUUUCAACAUAGUAUACUACUACAGAAAGCGAAAAUUGUCUCUGUAUCCGUGUUUUCUAAAGUAUUAAGCUUAGAUUAAUUGUUAUGUCCACAAAUUUCGAAUAUAGAGCAAGAGAAACACAGAGAAAAAGAGAAAGUAGGCGGUAGGCCAGCGAAGCUCAACGAGAAGAAGGGCGACAGAAAUCUGGAGCGAGCGAUAAAAAACAAAGGAGAGCUUUUUUUGUCGGAAGAACAACAUGAAAAUUUUGUAACGGCGAUGACAAAAUGAGAAACUGGCUAGCGGCCACCAAUGCAAGGUGAAAAUGAGCGGCAGUGAAAAAAACAUUGAACCAGAAAACGUGCGACAUUUCCUCCAUAAAAUGUAACUACGAUGUUUCGGGAAGUUUCACGUAGUAGUCGUGCAAAACAACGGCAAAGAAAUGUACAAAAAAAGUUUGCUGCACGUACAAAGUUGCUUUUUAGCUAAUUAGACCUAUUUUUGUUUUUCACCGUUCUCUGGCGUUUCCUUUCGCCGCUUAUCAUUACACGAUUUCAUAUUUUGUUUGAACAAACUAUGAAUAUUAUCGAGAGUUUCGCUUUUAGUCUUGGCUAAAUCUAUAUAUUAGUUUACUAUCAAGUUCAUUCCAUCUUUGACUUCAGUGACUAACUUUUUUAUUGGAUUAGUUAUUUUAUUAGGGGAUCUUGAAAUUUUUAUGGGAUGAGGGAUCACAAUUUUACGGAAUUUUGGAAACAAGGAUCACAGAAAAAAUAACAAAAUAAUAUGGAUGCAGAGGUGCAAGCCUCAUUAAAGUUUGUUUUCUUUAUAUUAAGGCGUGAUUAGCGUGGAUGAAACAGUGGAGCGUGGCUACUGCUCGUCCUACAACGAAUACAAAAAGGUGAUAUCAAUAUUGACCCUAGCAGAAGAAGCGGGAAUGUCUACUGGGUUUGUAACCACUGCUCGAGCAACUCACGCCACUCCCGCUGCCUUGUACGCUCAUUCCGCUGAUAGGGGUUGGGAAAGCGAUCAAGAUAUGAGGAAAAAGGCUAAAGAUGACCCAUCCAACUGCACGGACAUUGGUACGGUAAACUUUGAUGUAAUUUCGUAAUUAAAACUAAGGACUUUAAUUUUUUUUCAUGCACUAGUGGAUCGCUAACAAUUCGGUUAUUAAUAUAUGAUAAUGAUAAUGAUAACGAGGACGGCAAAGAUGAUGAUGAUGAUGAUGAUGAUGACUACAGCUACCAGAGUGCAUGUCCAUUAACCGAGUUUUUUCUUAAGUUUCAAUCAACUUUCCCAGUCAGAUUUAAGCGUGGCCUCAGUUGUUCAAAAGAUGGCUUACGCUAUCCACCGAAUAAAUCACUAUCCAGUGGAUAAGUAUUUGGGAAACCAACUGCGCUAUCCAAAGAUUUAUUCGGUGGAUAACGCUAUCCACCUUUUGAACAAUGGUGACCUGAUUUAUACUAACAGUUUUCCUCGACAGUCAUGUUUUUCUUUCGUCAGUCAAUGUUAGUGGCAGUGACAAAUUUCUCAAAACAUGUCCGUGAAAAUGAAACAAAAAAAUCUAUUUUGUACAAGAAAACACUCUUAGUAAAGGAUCGUGGUAGUUGUAGUCAAUUGACGCCAUAACUCGAAUGGCCUUUCUAUUUAAAAAAAGAGUAUUGGUUAAUGCAUUUCUAGAGAUUUGAUUGGCAUAUCAUGUUGUACGAAACAAUAUAUCAUGCCCCUGACCAACAAUAUAUCCCACAAUAUGGGGAUGGCUGAAAUCCAAGCAAUGUCUAUCUCAUAAACAGCUUUGCAACUUAUUGAAUACUCGCAUGGGGAUGGCAUAGAAGUCAUCUUCGGUGGGGGCAGAAGAGAGUUUAUUCCAGAGAACCAAAGCGACCCUGAGUACUCCGACAAGAAAGGAGAAAGAGAAGACGGUAGAAACUUACUGAUGGAGUGGAAAGAGAAACAUCCAAAUGCCGAGUAUGUGUGGAACAAAAAACAGUUUGACGAGAUUGACGUGGAUAAAGUGGAUCACGUGAUAGGUACGUUGUUUGAUUGUUUGAAGCGUGUAGUUGUUGUGCCAUCAUGAUUAUGGUGAACAUAAAGUUAUUUAACCCAGUCCAUUGUUGUCACUUUCUUUCCAUGAGUCCCUAUAGUUUUUAACCGGUCGAUCAAAUAAGCGGGGGUGGGGGCACCGGAGGGGUGGGGGGGAAAGGGUGUUUAUAGUGUGAUAGGAUACGUUUCUUUGGAAUUGUCCGGAUCAGGAUCAAUGAUCCGAGAUCACUCGGUUUAUGAUACAUCAAAUCCACAUUGGAUUCAUUGGUUUCUUUAGAUGGAUGGAGGCCUUUACUGGAAAAAUACUCAUAAGAACAAUCGGCUUGUAUUUACUCAAGGAAGUCCGUUCAGGGAGCUCAUUAGUCUAUAGGAGCACUGUUAUCUCCUAGAUACAGAUUCUGAAUCUGUUGAACAGACUCUCUUUGAAGAACUCUAGAUUAGUCCAGCCUCUAGACUAUGCAUGCGUCGACCUAUGUACUUAUUGACUGAGUAAAGUGGGAGGGCGGGAAGGGAAAAUAUUCGGCUCGAGGUCGGAACGUGAAGAACUCGCUCUACGACCCUUAUACGGGACUUUUCAUAUGGUUUUUCAACGAAAUUGCACGGGGGCCGUACGUGUUAUAUGAUAAAUGUAUUUAUGACGUUGUCUUUUUACCCUAAUGGUGUAAAACAAGGGAGCUCCUGGUGGACUGAACUGUCCAUCGGGGAAAACAAACGAACAAGUUGCUUUUAUGCUGAAAACAAAGGAACAAUAAGACUCUAUAAAUGGAUAACUUAGCCUUGAUAUCAGCAUAAUGCUCAGUGAAACUAAAUUGAAUUUUUUAAAGACUUAAAUUUAUAUCUUAGGUUUGUUUGAGCAUGGUCAUAUGAAAUACGAAGUUGAUCGUGUCGAGGAGAAAGAUGGAGAUCAAGAGCCCUCCAUUGCCGAGAUGACUGAAAAAGCCAUUAACAUAUUGAAGAAGAACCCAAAGGGAUAUUUCCUGUUAGUUGAAGGUAAUUUUAAUGAACUUUCCAAAUCGAAAUCUGGAAAAUGGUUUGGAUAUUUUUAUUUUCUUUUCUUUUUUCAAUUUCCGGGCAUUAGAAAUAAUAAUAUUUAUAAUCCGCCGAUUUUUAAAGCUUCAUCCGAGGAGAAUCCUCUCUAAAUGACUCAGAAACCCGUGAAAGGGGCUUUUUAAGGAGCUAAAAUCCAAAACAUGUCCAGGGAAGCAAGCAUGCCCCCGGCCCCCUAGAAACGUGCUACUUCGGCGCUUGCUUAGGAAAUCGGCCAGUAUUUAUCAGGUCCGCGCCUGAAGUUAUUUAUGUCGUCUGUCGCUACAGAUGGCGAGGAUAGACUGUUUUUAGCUUUAAUGCUGUGCAGAAAUCGCCAAAAAUAUAUCGUUAGCGCUCCUGUGAUAAAGCUAUUUUUAGAUAUCUUCUUCAUAUCUCUACAGGAGCGUGUUAUGUGUUGUGUUAAUGUGUCAAAAGCACUAAGUAAUGACUUUGGCACAUGCAGAAUUGACCUAAAACAACAAUAUCAUCGCCCGUUAUUAAAGCACACUGUUUUAUUUUCAGGAGGCCGCAUUGAUCAUGGUCAUCAUGACGGACAGGCCGUGAGAGCCUUAAAUGACGCAGUUGCCAUGGCAAAGGCGUGCGGUAAAGCUAUGGAAAUGACCAAUCGAGGUAAGUAAAACAGAGAAAUGUUACCCGGAAAGGCUUUCAUUAAUUUACCAGAAUAAAUAUGAAUAAAAAGGCUUUUUGAUUUAUGAUUCACAGCUAGCAAUUUUGCACUCUUGGCCUUUUUGAUGUCUAUUUCACCUAGAGCACGAAAUCUUCAAAAUGUACCUAACACCAAGAUCUCCGUAGACAGGAUUAAGACCUCUUCUUCCUUAAUUCUAUGAGCAUAUACUACUGCCUUCUACUAUUAGUAUUUUCAGUAUACAGUAAAUUGCAAUGAAUUAAUUCACUUGAUAUUAAACACUGGUGCCAUCCAAUCUUCUUAUCAAGACCGUUACAUAAGGUAUUUUAAUAUCUUAUAAGAAUAAAAGAAUCUGAAAAUCUGAAAACUGAAAAUGCCGUGAAAAUGUUGCAAUUUACAAGAAAACUUUUCAAUUCAAUACUUAUAGAUGUAAAUGCAAUUAAUGGAAUUAAUUUCUCACAAAAUCAAAUAAUAAUAAAUUUAAAAAGUAGAUAAGAUAAAUUAUAACCUCCGACUUUUGAAGCUUUAUUUGGAAGUUUUCCCCGUCAUUUAUAUCCUUAAUAACUAAAACGUGUGGUACGGUUUUGGUUCCGCCACGGCAUUGCUACUUAAUUUGGAGUUUGUUGCUUACGAUGGCAACAAUAAAUCCCUAACUGAGACGACCAUAUAUUUGCCGAGGUGUAUUAAACCGGUUAAAUUCGUAAAAUCUUAGACACUAUAGCUACUAAAAGGUAUCUAAAAGCUAAGGAGACAAAGUUCAGUAACUCUCCAACGUUAUUUUUCAAAGAAACUAGUUCCCUUGCUCAAGGAAUGUAGGAAAUGUUGGUUUCCACAUGACGUCACUAAAAUUCAAGCUACAAAACGAUCGAUCCUACCGAGAUUUUACUUUCACGAUGUAUUAGAGCAGCUGAAAACUAAUUUUCAUACAAAUUUUUGCUUCAAAAGGGCCCUUGAUUUUGUGAUAGAGUACGCUUGAAUUUCUAACCUUUGGCGUGACGCGGCAUUUAUAUGACGGCUAAGAGAGCUGUCAUGUAGGUUAAAAAAAUACUGAUUUCAGGGAAUUUUGCUAUCUAAACAGUUCAUGUAUUAGAAAAAGUAUUAGUUUAAUGUUUAUGAGUUCCUCGAAGAAUAAAUUGAAGCCUUUAUAGCAAAACCCGAUAACAGAUGUUUCUGUUGGUUUCGGUCCACCAUGUUGGUGCCCAUCCGGAUGAGCACCAGCAUGGCGUCUCCAUACAAACUUUAAAUAUGGGUAGAACAUUUCUUCGGAUAUCUCGUUGACGAAAUAUUCCUCUGACCUGAAAUUUGGGGAGCGUAUUUGCAUAUUUACCUCCUUUCAUUUUCCAGAUUCUGAACUUUAUCUAUUGAACAGUUUUGAUUUUUAUUUUGAUCUAUUUUGAAUGGCGUGAAACUGAAAACCAGCAAUACAUUGCAAGAUCAGCAAUUUGCCAUGUUUUAAACUGGUGAAAAACUGGGUACAAUAUACGACAACAAUGCAUCUUGGGAUCGUUUGGAGGGAAAGCAUAAAGGUCAACAAACAUAUCAUGACGCUCUACAAUGCUUUGUUCAAUAUUGCAAUAAUUGUUUCCAAAUUGCGAUUAAUUUUCACUUUUACAGAAUUCAUAAAGCCCCUAAUGCACCAGUUAUGUCUUCUUCUGUCAGAAUGACCCUGACGGUGUGUCUUACUGCUUUCCGCCAUGUUUUGACUGCAUGUUUUGCUGUCCUUUCAGACGAUCCCUAGAGCCUUUGAGGUCUAUAAGUUCUCCGCGCGUUUAGAACAUGGCCAACAGACGCCAUUGAGAGUUCAUGGUUACUUAACUUUUCUUUCUUUACAUCGAACAGCAAAUGUAACUAAAACAUUUCACGUGUUGCUGUUCACCCGCAAUGUUCAUGAAAGUAUUGAACUUAUUUUUAUGAUAUCUUUUAUUUUAAUACUAGAGGAGACUCUUAUUAUAGUAUCCGCUGACCAUUCUCACGUAUUCACCAUGGCUGGUUACCCACAGCGCGGAAACCCAAUCUUUGGUCUUGCAACUGAACGAGGUGAAACAGAACCCGCGAAAGCAAAGGACGGCUUACCAUACACUGUCCUUGGAUAUGCCAAUGGCCCUGGAGGAAAGCGGAUAAAUGGAACGCGACAAAACCUUACAGGGGUAGACACGGCAGAUAAGGAUUAUUUGCAGCAGGCCACGGUGUGGAGAGGUUCAGAGACUCAUGCCGGUGAUGACGUAGGUGCGUUGCAAUAAAUUUAAGCAAUUUGAUGGCGGGAGCAAAAUAUGUCUUUUUAUUGCUUUUAUUAUUAUUAUUAUUAUUAUUAUUAUUAUUAUUAUUAUUAUUAUUAUUAUUAUUAUUAUUUUCUUAGUUUUAAUUAACUUUUUUUUUUUAAGCUAAAUUAAGUGCUUUUUAAAUCGACAGAAAUUGUAAAUAGUGUUUUUGAAUGAAUAGUUUUUUCUUUUUUUUAAGCGAAUUAAUUGUAAAUAGGAUUUUAAUAGUUUUUUUAAUAAAAUUGUCUAAAAAAAAAAUUAUUAUUAUUAUUAUUAUUAUUAUUAUUAGUACUGUUGUUGUUGUUGUUGUUUUUGGACCUUAUCUAUAAUUUUCAGUUUCACACAUGCCAUACUUUCCUUCCAUUAAAUUUCCUCUCAUUAACCUGACUAAAGCAAAGUACUCCGUGUUUUGAUUAUGUUUCUCACCAUUAUUUUAUAAUUAUUAUUUUCAUUUCGCAUUUGCUGUCUGGUUGGUUUAUUGAUAGCCAUUGAAAAUGUUUUGCGAGAUCCUAAAACGUAGCAGACGCCGAACAGCAUCUCGUGGAGUCGUGUCCUAACUCUGAAAAUACCCGGCCUAUAUAGCAAUUCGAAUACUUUCUCUUCGGCAAGAAAAAACUAAGAAUCGUUUAGACUAUUAACGCAGGAAACAAUCAAUCACUUCCUUGUACGCGAAACUAAGUUUGCAUAAAAAUUUAAAUUUUUAUGUUUUACCUGACGGUAAAAGGUAUGGACCAGAGCUUAAUUUAAAAUUCCUUUAAACACCAUUAAAUCCACAUUUUAGAAGCCCAAACUCAAUUUCAUCAAUUUUCUUUAAUCAGUCUGCUUUCAAAUUUAUAAAAAUGAGAAGGUAGACUAAAAGUCGUUGACUCACAUAAGGUGACAAUUUCUAAGCUUUUAAUUAUGGAAAAUCUUGAAACUAAAAGUCCAAGGAAGACCAAGAAGGCCCUCUACUACAUGACUUGAAGUGAUAUUAGUAAUAAUAAAACUCUUUUUAUAGCUCAUAAGCCGGCUGGUUUUCAGUGUCACUGAGUUCAGUACUGGUUAAUAGCCACUUUAAUCAGCAAGGAAAAUUGAAAGUUAAAUGACAGCCGUCACGGUAGACUUUCAGUUCUUAAAGAAUUUGAAAAUGCAGUUAUAGCUACUCCUGUGUAUGUUCCUUUUAUUCCAUACCAUAAUAUAAAAGCUUUGUAAAUUCUAAAAAAAAAAACAACAUAUAUUUCUCGCGAGCCAUUACGUGAUCUAGACUAACCGAGGAAUCCCUGAUUUGCAGCCAAGUCCAUUACUGAGACGCAACCAAUUAUUCGAAGCUUUCCAAGAUUAUGUUCAUUUUCUGACAUCUGCUUCCCGCACUACAGAAUAAAUGGAUGGCUGGGGUUUUUUAGUGUGGAGAACUUAUUAUCUUCCUUUAAGCUUUAAAUAUAGCGAGGACUCUCAUUUUUCAGCACCAACACCGUCGAAACAACACUCUUUUUACAUUAAGAUAUACUUACAAUUUUUCAGCAUGACAGAGGAACCGGGGGUCUACUUCUCAUCGUCCGUUGUAAACUGCGUAUUGAAUGCCUUCUUAUCUUACAACACUAUCAUGUUGAACAUUGUAACUAUACACGCUCUGAGGAAAACUCCAUCGUUGCCGAAGACUUUGAAAACAUUGCUGUUUAGUUUAACAAUUUCCGAUCUCUUGGUUGGGCUGCUGGUAGAACCUUUGCACAUUGUUCUGCUAGUCAAGGAGAUGCACCAAGACACAAGUAGCAAAGUUUACACCACCAUGCUUACCGCAUUUCUUAUCAUGGUCAAUUUUCUUUCUUUUGCUUCGUUCUUUAGUGUUGUGGCUAUAAGUGCGGAUAGAUUCCUUGCCAUUUAUCUCCAUCUUCGAUAUCAGGAAUUGGUAACAUCGAAGCGCGUUUUCAUGGGAACGGUCUCAAUUUGGAUUUUCAGUGCGUCUUUUUCGAUAUCUGGUUUCAGAUGGGCCCCAGAAAAUCGCCGCUACAUUAUAUUUGCGAGUGUCGAGGUAUUAUGUUACGUAUGUACAGGAAUUUUUUACUACAAGUUGUAUGCAGCAGUUCAGCGUCUUACAAUUCAAGGUGUAGCACAAGAUAUACUGAAUAUUGCGAGGCAGAAAAAAUCUGCUUUUGUAACUUUCUUUGUCUAUCUCGUGUUUUUGGUUUGCUAUUUGCCAAAGACAUGUCUUAAUAUCAUUGUUAUUAUUUUAGAACCAAGCAAGCUAAUAUAUAAUACAUCAAUUUAUGUGACGACGCUAAUGUUCGUUAAUUCAUGUCUCAAUCCGCUCAUUUAUUCUUGGAAAAUGAAGCAUAUCCGACGCAACUUUGUGCAAAUUCUAAUCACUAUAGGUGGUUUUCACGUUACGUCAUCGCCGCCAUGCUGGUGGACGGUAAACAAAAGAUCGCUCAUUAGCUCGCUUUGUUUGUCCACCAGCAUUUGUUCAUUUCACCAUUGUUAUUUGUGUCUCCCGAGAUUGCAUGAAAACCACCUAUAAGUUCACCCCGCAAAAGCGUUGUUCAUUAAGUGACAUAAUAAAAGCAGGUGUACGAAAUUGAAUAAUCAAGGGCAUCUUUUUUUGCGUGGCCAAUAAUGUUGGAAAUAAUACAAGUAUAGAAAAUCGUCUUUCCCACAGUGUUAAGUCGCAGAAUUGGCAAAAAUAAUCCAUCCUACUUUUGUUGUUUAAGCUCCAAAAAAGUAAGAGUGCGAAUUGGUUCCUUCUCUACUUUUGUGAUCGGGCUCUAGAUCCGUGGCACUUGGUUCAUAUGUAAAAUGAUAUUUUGUAGCGCGAACAUGACUAUUACUAAGUCACAUUGUGGGAAGGACCAGCUAAAUUUGGGGCUGAUAGAUUUCAGAUUUCUCGUGUUUUUGCCUUCUUUCAGUUAAGAGACCACGUUCUCGUGUUUCGCUCAAAUGGCUGUAUUUUCGUUAGCCAUAUUUUCAUGUAUCCAGCUAGAAUUGUAAGACGUUCCUUCCUUCAGGUACGCAUGUUCGUCGUGUACGAAUUUAACGAGUCUGUGAAUGACCGCAGCUUUUUCGUUUUUUUUUUUUUGUAGUUUUUGUUGUUGUUGUUUUUUAAUUUUUGUUUCUUUGUUUGUUUUUUUUUCAAAAAUUUGACUAGAAAUUGACUAGGCCACAAAGAAAAACAAUUCCGUAAUACCCCAAUACAUAUUUAGCCGAUUUUUUUUGUUUGAAAACGAACUAGCGAAAUUUGCAGCCAGGGUCGAAAGGCAGGUUUUUUGCCCCCGAUAAGCUUUAAAAUCAAGCUAGGAAAGGAUAAGGAAAGGUAAAAUAGAAUAAGCGAGGAGUAUAAAAGGGGGAGAAGAGAAAAAAGCAAUGGUUGAUGCACUAUGUCUACUAUGUCUUGUCUUGUUUUAUCGCUGUUAAAUCCACCCACGAAAUUCUAAUGAUCUUGACUGUGUGGGCAAUUUAAAUAAUGAAUAUAAAUAAAUAAAUAAAUAAAUAAAUAAAUAACGAUUUGGAAGUAGCACAUCCAUAUAGUGGUUCUUCAUCUACCUGAUUCCUGGUCGAAUUGGAAUUUAGAAUUGUUGGUUUUUGAGGAGAGGGGAAAACCGGAGUACCCGGAGAAAAACUGUUCGGAGCAAAGGAGAGAACCACAACAACAAAUUUAACUCACAAAAGGCGUCGAUGCCGGGAUUUGAACCCGUGCCAAAAUGUUUUUGUUGUUGUUGUUGUUGUUUUUUGUGUAUUUUCAUAAAUUUUAUUUUGUUAUUUUUUUUGUUAUGUAUGACAAUUUUUUUACAUACUGACGCUUAUGAACACUUUGAAAAAACAAAAAAAAAGAAAACUAAUCAUAAUUAUAUACAUCGCACACACACCACGCACACACAUUACAUACAUGUACUGAUAAAUAAUAAUAAUAAUAAUAAUAAUAAUAAUAAUAAUAAUAAUGAUAAUGUAACUCCUCAGAAAGGUGCUCAGUGUACAGACUUGAGUGACUGACGCUCUAGGUGCAUGGUUUGCGCAUAGAUUUAAAAAAAAUAGACUAUUUACAGAUUCAAAAAAAUGAAAUAUUAAAAUACCAGCAAAGACUGUGACGAAAAAAGUCGUUAAAAUGACUAUACUAUAAUAAUAAUCGAAAAUAAUAAUAAAAAAAUUUAAAAAUAACAAUUCAAAUUAGUUUAUUAAAUUAUUACUUUCGAUGUAAUUUAUCAGAUAAAUUGGCUGCUCUUCUCUUGCUCCUGGUUCCUCUGAGACACAGCAAGGCUGAUUUUAGGAUUAGGAUAUUAUUAUAAACGAAAAUAAGAAAAUAAGAAAGAAAGAAACACAUCCCACUACAUUCUUCUCUAUUUACCUGAAAAAAAAAAAAGUAAAUGAAGUAAGCGGCGAAAGGAUUCGUAUGCUAAUCAGAUUUAUAUUUACUCCACUUCAUAUUGUGUCUCCAACGUAUUGUUUGACUCAGCGAUCAUUGUCUCGAUUAAGAAGACAGUAUUAAUUUUGGAAUUAAGAACUCUAAUGAAGAGAGCAUAUUUGUUCUGUCUACAACAGUAUAGGUAUUGUUUUGCCAGUAGUAAAAUAUGAUUCACAAAUAUCAUCUUCGAUGCACUAAUAAGUGCAGAGCGUUUAACUUUAUCUUUUCCUUCACAGAUAAAAUCAAAUAUAAUUUUGUUUGCUUCUUCCGCAAAUUCUUUAUCAAAUGAUAUCAAGCUCGUGCGAUAUAAAAAGAUAGGGAUAACAAAGGUUUCUCCCCAUGAUAGUAAAAUCCCUCCACCUCCAGAUUCGUAGCUUAAGUUGAAUGGAGCUGAUUAAUUCAUUGACGUUUAACUUUUGUUUUGGGCGAAUGUCAUAGGUAAAAUGUACUCCUAAGAUUUCAACUGAUCGGUUUCUUGUACGGUACAGGCCAGGUUGCUUAGCAGCAAAAGCUCUGACUUUUCGGGUUAAUCUUUGGGCCAGAGCAAGUUCCAUUCAAUGGUGGGAGACGAGCGCUCUCACCACUGCGCCACCCUUGCUCCCUGUUUACUCACCCUUGAAAUAUAGCCCCUUAAAAAGAACCAGUAAACCAAUACUUGGUCGAUGGGUCACUUCAAAACUGAACAAGACUGAAACAACUGAAAAAUAUGCUCUUGCCUUCAACCAGAACGCCUUGUGGUCUAACCUGAUGUAACGUGAUAUUUUUACACCAUUUAAAAUUAUAUUCUUUUGAAAGUCCCUAGAAAACAUUCGCUGUUAAUCUAAAAUUCCUUCAUAUUACAGGUAUAUAUGCGGACGGUCCUGGAGCCUACUUAUUUCAUGGUGUGGUGGAACAGCAGUACAUUUUCCACGUGAUGGACCACGCCUUGUGUUUGAGUGACACCACACAAGACACGUGUGAGCAGUAUCCUGGGAGAAGAGCUGAAACUUAGAUUUAAGCGAAAUUAAGUAACGAGAACGCUGACGUCCAGGACGUCAUGAAUAGCAACCGGAAGGUCUGUAUAUCGCUUGAUGGAACACUGUUGUCUUACACAACGAAUCUGAACGCCUUUGUUUUAACUCCCGCUGUACGAAUUUGUAGAGUCAGAGCACUGAAAGAGAGAAAAUAUCAAUAACCGGUUGCCAUUUUUGACGCCCGGGACGUCGACGUUCUCUUUGCUUAAGGUCCCUAUUGUUGAACCCGCCGAGCGUUGCGCUAAUAUUGAAUGGGCCAUACAGGAUCAAUUCGUCGAGUAGGAUCUGUCUUCCGCUAAAAUUAUAUUAACUAGUUUAGUUAUUAAUUACAGAAGGUGUGUUUGUUUAUUGUUGUUGUUUUUUCAUGGAUUUUUUUCGUUGUGUUGUCGCUAUAUGUAACUUAGUCCUGAGGAAGUUUCAAUGUGUAUCUCCCUCGUAUUUUUGUAUUUGCUUGCCUUCAUUACACAGAUGCACUUUUAAACUAUUGACAGCAGCUUUUGUAUUUCACCCUCUGACUGGUGACCAGUUCCUUAUGGUUAAGAUUUGACUUCGCCAGCGUGACUGACACAGCUCAUUGAGAUAGAUUGAUAUAAAAUGUAACGGUUACUGAGAUGAAGCCAAAAUCCUAGCUGCUUUUCUUGAGGGUACUUAGUGGAGUUUUUCAAUCCCGUAAUCCCCACCCAACAUUUCGUGCAAUCCCGUAGUCCUGGGGUUAUUUUUGACGUCCCACCUCCCGUGUAUACAUACUUUCAAUCCCGAAUCUCGUCCCGAUUUUUAUUUAAAGUCCCGAAUCCCAGGCUUCAAAUAAGAGACAUCCAGGAUACCGAAAAACCUAGUAAAGACCCUCUUUUUUGAAUCAAUUAUCGGAGUAGUCAAUAGAUAAAAAUCGGUAGUAAUCAAGUGAUUUUUAUCGAUUGAUAACGUAAAUCGGUGAAAAUCGAUAAGCUAAAUUGCCGUUUCCAAUUGAUUUUAUCGAUUUUUCAUGAUUUUAACGAUUUAUAACGGAAAUCAUCCGAGAGUAACAACUGAUCAGAAAACAUACAAAUGAGAAAUUUGGAAACUAUUACACUAUUACAAGUUUCUCCAAAACCCGUUUAUUUGUACAUAAUAACAAAAACGGUUUGGUUUAACACAGGCAGCCCAAACUCUGUGGGAGUUUGUUUGACUUAAAAUUUGUAAGGGA